GAAGGAAACAAACACAUACUCCACGAAACAGGUGGCAAAGCAGAACAUGUGUAGAGCUGCGUUUUUCUCACAUACUGCGCAGACAGAAAAGACAUCGUGAGGCAAACAACACGUCUGCAGUUCGGAGAGGAGUGAGUGAGCUGAGGAAGAGAGGAAGAGAGGGAGGCGAUAUGGAAGUGGAGUGACGCAGGACGUGUAAAGCGGGGGUGUUGUGGGUGUAGCUAUUUUUAGCCAUUGUGUGGAAACACAUUAGCUGCAUUGCUCUGCCCUAUCCGGGUUUCCUACGUCACUUUACUCCAAGCUGGUCUUCUCUCGACCGUGAGUCAUGUGACAGGUGCACGCCAGAGGACCUGCUGUGGACCAGAGGUGGGCCACGAAUACUAAACAGCUGAGGAAGAAAAAGACUGCAGAGAACAAAGGCUGAAUCCUGUCUCUGAAUGGAGCAGCAGCGGGGGCUCCGUAGCUUCACCCCAGGCGAGGCUGCAGGCUGCCAGGCUGCGGUCUCCACCGGUCAGCCAACCAUGCGUUUGUCCGUCACCUCGACCACGGGCACCCCGGUGGAGCUCACUGUCCCCCGGGGAGAGACUGUGGAGGGACUGAGGACUCACAUCUCCCACAAACUCAGGCUGCAAACAGACAGAAUCGUCCUCCUGUUUAGAGACAAGCAGCUCACUGCAGGCAGACUGUUGGACCUGGGUGUAGCAGAUGGAAGCAAGCUGACCCUGCUCCCUGCCAUAGAAGCUGGUUUAGUGUGCUCGACUUCCAGAGCUGAGAGAUCGAUGAUGGACGUCUUAGAAAGUUUAACAGAAGUCCAGAUCGGUGACUUCCUGUCUGGCCGCUCCCCUCUGACUAUCAACCUGGGAAUCGGUGCCCACAUGAUGUAUGUGCAGCUCCAGCUUUCUGCCCAGAACGUGGCGGCGCUGCAGCAACACAAGGACUUGAGAGCUGGGAGCAGCAGCGACCUUCACACCGGCGUGCCCACUGCUGCCAGGACGAGCCCCCCGGACUCAUCCAACAAAACCACAGGAUCCACCUCCGAAACCUCUCCUCGAGCUCCAGACUCUUCUGACUCUACAUCCGUGAUCCAAUCGAGUGCUCAGAGACCCAGAACUUCCUUGAACUCAACAGCUGCCGACACCACUGUCCUUUCACAUCAAUCCUUUCUGUCCCACUCUCCAAACACAUCCUCCCCUGUUCCUUCAACUGCUUCUUUGCCUUUUGGUUGUCAACAUCCCAGCAGUCCACAACCAGCCGCCACACCAGUCUGUUCACCGGCCACCAACGACUCUAUUCCUGGACCCCGGAGCCCAGCGUCAGCUUCAACCCUCAAAGAGAGUAAUGUUCAUGCCUCAUCCACUGCAGAGCUGAACAAGCCGCCAGGAGCAGUCAUAGAGAGUUUAGUGAGCCCCUCACCAGGCGUCUUCUCUGGGACUUUUUCGGGCACUCUGGCCCCAUGCAGUCAGAGCGGCUUCAGCCAUCCUCGGCGUGGCAUCGGCAUCAUUCUCCAGAUCUUCAACGACCUCCUCAAAGCUUCCUACCACCACCAGGGGGCUCAACCUGCCCCUCCCAAUCAACCCCACUGUCCUGACGUGAACCCUCCAGCCAGCCGGGAGGGGCCAAGCAAAGCAAAGAGCAAAACACUGGAGCCCCAGAGGACAGAGCGCCUCGGUAAAACUCCAGGUGAGGAGAGUCACCGGACCUGCUCACCCACACAGGAAAAUCAAACAUUACACUGUAAGCUAGAGCGCCUGCAGAUUUUGAUGCAGCAGAGGCGUCUACGCAGGCGAACUCGGAGGUACUCACAAACGUCUCACCCGUACCAGCAUCAUCACCACCGUCCCUAGUCUCCUGCGUGGGAGAGAGCCACUCACUGUGAUAGCAGGGGCUGCUUUCUAGUGACUAGAAGGAACCAGUGUAGCAACCAAAGCUGACCUUUGAACUCGUGGAACAGGCCAAAGAGCCGCAGAGUAAACUCAAAUGGUUUGGUGUAUUUUGACAUAUAAGAAUUUCUGGAGAAUGUAAGCCCAACAGGUGCGAGGAGUCUGAUUCCUGUGCUGAGCAUGUUAUUCCUCUGAGUCCAUCAGUCACGAUGGCUCACGUUGUUAUGUAGCAUACACCACAAAAGGUUCCAAUGUGCAUUUUCAUGUUAUACAUCUGGGUGUUUUGUACAAAGACUUUUACUGUAUGUUGUAGUAAGUACUCCAAUGCCUUAAAUGUACAUGUCUUGAAUGUAAAGUAUUGUUCUGUACUUAGGAUGUUCCAAUGAAAUGUUUCAAUAUAACUAAUAUAAACACAGGGAAGGCAAACAAAAAAUAAAGGAAACCCGUUAAAGUGUG